CCGGGUCCUGCCUGCCAGGCCAGGCCCGGCGGGAGGAGGCGCCCCCCGGGAGACGGAACCUUGGCUGGAAAUGUGCUGGUGAAUCUGUCCUGAUGCAGACUUUCCUUCUAUUUCAUCUAAGGGGGUAGGGUCAGACUAGCACGUGAAGAUGCAGGAGCCAGUUUCUGGAGACACGAACAUGGCCUCUCCCCCAUUGAAAACAUCAGUGGUGAACCCUGCAGCCAACCCCCGACGCAUGCGACGGAUCAUUGCUGAGGAUCCUGAGUGGUCCCUGGCCAUUGUUCCACACCUCAGUGAGCUCUGCCUCCAGCACAUCGUCAGCAACUUUGAAAAGAAUCCUGUCGUGGACCGUCUCCUGCCAGAGCACCAAAGGAAGGUGCUGGAUAGGAUUUCCACAGGCCUGCCCCUCACAGUGACUGCCAACCUGAUCAGCGACGAAGGCUACUGGAAGAGGUGCUGUACUGAGCGCUGGGCAGUAUGUGAUGUCUCCCGAUAUGGGGGCAGCUGGAAACGGAUGUUCUUUGAACGCCACCUGGAGAGCAUCCUGAAGUACUUCAUUCCUAACACAACCGACCCCAAUCAAGUCCUGGAGGUCAUCCCACUCUGCAAGGAGUAUGUGAGGAAGCUGGAAAUCGAUCAGUUCCUCCCACCGGUGAAGCUGGAUCAGAACAAGGAAGAGGAUGACAUGUCCGAUUCUGGGAGUGAUGUUGGGGUCGAUGAAUUCUGCAUGCAUCACUAUGACCUAGGAGUGCUCACUGCUGCCCUCUCUCACCUUGAAGAGCUGCAUCUGACGUAUUGUGUGAAAGACUGUGGCAUGAACUUCGAGUGGAGCCUCUUUGACUUCACCUAUCAGGACUGUUGCUCUCUGGCCAAUGCUUUCAAGAAGUGCCACGCCUUGAAAGUCUUCAAGCUGUGCCGGAGCAAAGUGGAUGACGAAAAGACUCGGGUGCUGAUACGGAAUUUGUUAGAUCACCCAUGCUUGGUGGAGCUGGACUUGUCCCAUAAUCUGAUCAGGGACCGGGGAGCACGAGCCAUUGGCAAGCUGAUCAACCGUAGCAAGCUAGAAAUUCUCAACCUGUGUAAUAACCGGAUCCGGGCCCCAGGAGCCCAGGCUAUUGCUCAUGCCCUAGGCAAGAAUUCUACACUGACCUCUCUGAACCUGCGCAUCAACUGCAUUGAGGAUGAGGGCGGCCAGGCGAUAGGCCAUGCCCUGCUGACUAAUGCCACCUUGACAUCUAUCCAUCUGGGAGGCAAUGAGUUGUCAGAGCCGACAGCUACGCUGUUCUCCCAGGUCCUUGCUCAGAACACAGCUCUGACUAGCAUCAACCUCGCAUGCAACCACAUAGGGCUGGAUGGUGGGAAGCAGCUGCUGGAAGGAAUGUCAGAUAACAAGACCGUGACUGAAUUUGACCUGCGACUGGCAGAGGUGGGGCAAGAGAGCGAGUACCUCAUUAACCAAGCCCUGAAGGCUAACCAGGAAAUUGCCCGUCUGAAAACCUUGUACCAGCCAAACUCCUUGGAAGAGAAAUCCCCAGAUCUGGAUUAGCCUAUCCUAUGCCCUUAUUUCCCGCUGUAGCCUUUGAAAUGAAAUGUCUCUCCUCAUUGGGCAGCUGUGGGCAUAUGACAUUAAUUCCUGAUUGGGGGAGGGGUAAGAAAAUGUAACAGACAGCCUGGUGUCGGCGACUAAGCCCUUCCUGGCAGUUGGACCCCAAAGCAGAUUUCUCACUGGCUCCUUCACAUGUUAUGGUCAAGGGUUUGCCAUUUCUCCAACUCCCCAGCCUGAGCUAGGUUCCCAUCGGCUUCAGACUGGCCAAAGCCCAACCUGCCAUUCUGGAAACUACAUGUGCUCCCUCCAUUCAGUAGAUUUUUCUCAACUUAUCUGCUCUACUCAUUGUCUAGGACACCUGGUGGGGCUGGUAGCAUGAGUGCCUCUGAUAGCCAGCUCUUGGAGUAGCCUUUGCCCAGAAAUUAUGUAGCUCAUUGUUACUAUGGGACAGAAUGCCAUGAAUGGAGACCCAAAGCUAGUGCCAAAGUUGGGUCUCCCAUGUGGUUCUGCCACAAGAUGGUUUCAUGCUGUCAUUGGCAACUGGGAGCAAAGGAUGGUAAAUAACACCAGCACCCAGCCUUUGGGAGCAGCACACAAGACUUAUGAGAUUGUCAUCAUAAAGUGGGGGCGCAGUUGCCAGUGAAGAGCAAAUAAUAAUAUGGGCGACUCUAACUGGUCCAUGAGCUCGUUCUGCAAAAGCUUUGACCAGCUGGCCUCUUGCCAGAGCUCACUCACAGGGACUGCCACCAGACCCAGAAUGGACAAUAUGGGGCCAGUUACCAGGAUAUCUAAUUAUCAUAGUUCUUCUUCCUUAGGGAGUAGUUCCUCUGGUAAAUAGACUGCCCUCUCUUUGGAUUUCCUUCCCACACUAAACGGCUUGUGGUACAAAUAAGCAGCCCCAAGCAGAUACACACACAUUUAAACAAGGGAAACAGCCCUUUGUCACUCUCCCCAGGGGACAGAGGCUUUGUGUUAUGUAUGGAAUCUGUUAAUGAAGCACACCCCAUUCUAAAAUGAAACAGAAGGUUUAGAUUAUCCUUCCACAGGAGUUAGGGUAUGUGUUAGGGGGCUUUAUAAGCUCCAUGCUGACAGUGUGGGAAACUAAAAAGGUCUCUGUUUAGUCAUAGGGCAGGUACACCAAAGACAGGCUUCCCAAUCCUAGCACUCUACCAAGACAGCAUGGAGAGUCACCUCGGGGGCAAAAGGGGAGCUUAGUUUCCAUGUGAAUUCACUCCUCCAUCGCAGCAGUGCUGCUGGAUUGUGUGCUGUUGACACCUGUCCAUAGGGAACUGUGCUGAGACUCCCAACUCAUUUCAUGAGGGGCUGAUUACCCCCAGGUGUGGCUGAUGGGGCUGAUUACACUCAGAUGUGAUUUCAUUGUAGUACCUAUCUCUCACAGACUGGCCUGAAAAGUCAUCUCCUGGAGUUAGUCUCAGAAUAUGUUUUUCUUGAUAUAACCUUUUCAAUUAUUUUUUCUUACCAUAAAAUAACUAAAACAGGGAAUUAUAUAUAUUCCAUUGUAUUGGCUUCUAUUCUUACCAGUGAAAUCAAUUGACAGUCUAUGAAGGGCAUACUACAGUGGCCUGUGGACCACGAGUGGUCUACAGAGUGGUUGCUGGUGGUCUGUGGCGAGCUGUCACAUGGUACUGGGGCCUUCUUUGUUUCCAGUUGCUAAAUGGCAUUAAAAGAAACUCAAGCCACAUUCAAUACUGGUCUAAAUGUUUCCUCUCCAGGUGAGCAAUGGUAGUUGCAGUUUGGAUGUUAUGUGACUGGGACUGGGAAGGGAGAUACAGAGACUGUGUGUGGGUAUUAAAAAUGUGGGUUGUGCUAUGAACAGAGUUGAGAACCCCGUCUAGACAGAACAGUUAAGAAGCAGGAGGGAAGAGUUAACGGUCAUGGAAUAGUUAAUGCAUUACAUACCAGAUACCAUGUUCUAGGGGAAGAUUGUACAUAUUAGGCCAAAUUCAUGCCUGGUGUACCUCCACGGACUUGAAUGAGUUUACAGGCGGGAUGAACUUGUCCCAGGUGGUUAUUGUUUUAUGAUCCUCACCCAUGGUUAGAUUCUGGGUCUAUGGAAUGAGUGCUACUCCUCAAAGUUCUGCGUAAGUGAACCCUGUUGCUUAUAACUUGUUAUGGUGCUCCGUGAGCUUUACAUAAUACCUAAUUAGUUCAGGUGUCAAACAUGAGUUUUGCAUUAGACAGUCACAAAUUUAGGGCAAACUUUUUCUCUCUCAGUCCAAACAUUUUGAUUGCAUCAAUUUAGCACUCACUGAGGUGGUUAUCUUGGCUAAUCCCCGGUGAAAAUGGAGCUGGGGAGAGUUAGAGGCACUUGCCAUGGCUAGAAAGCAGCUUUGAUCUGGAACCUAAAGACUAUAUAUGAUGGGGCAUUCUACAAACAGUGUAACUAGGCUGCCUUAGGCACGUAUUGUUUUGGACAGUUAGAUAACGGCUUUGGCAAUAUUUUGUUUCCAGCUGUAGAGGAAAAUCAAAUCUUCAGGUAACAUGAAUUCAUUGCAUAUGGAGUAUUUGUGAGUGCUAGUGAGAACUCUAGCUCACCUGUAUUUCUGUCUUUGGUCCAAACUUGUGGUGUAGGAUAUUUUUCAGCCAUAGUUUUCCAGAGGAUUGUGUAAACUUUACUAGUAGAAAAAAUUCUUGGUUAACAACAUCCUAAGCGGGUUGGUAACUUCCUAAUGUGUAACUGCAAAACACGCUUUGCAUUAUGACAUCAUCCUGGCAUGUGGGGGCAGUGAUUGGAUCUGAUGUGGCUUCAUGGAGGCAACUUGCCUCUGAGUUCAAACCCCCAAAGUGCUUGAGACACAGUUAUGAUUCCUGUGGUGCCAUCGAGGUUUUGGGAAGCGUUCCAGUAACAAGCUCAAGCCAAGACCAUUGAGGGGAGUGAGCCCAAGCAACAGCCUUUUGUCCCAACUGUGAAACGGCGCAGGAUAUUCCAAGCGAAGUGGCCGGUUCCAGAUUUGAUCUUCAGGCUGUUGCUGCUAUUUCAGGCUUUCCCUGAAUGGUGGUUUAAACAGGGUGUGUCGAGGAUGGGGAGGGCAGGAUGUUGUUUGUUGCGGGUUACAAGCUUUUCUCUGGUUAAUGACCCAGCUGAGGCUUCGAAUAUAUUUUUAUAAACACUGUCUAGCAUUCUAGACAGAUGUGUGAUGAAGCUAAAGAGCUAAGUUCCAUAAAUAAUACAUCUCCCCCUCUUAGGAAGGGUUUUGUGCUGUUCUGCCUUUGCUCCUC